AUGGCUCACUCCAUCCAUGAGAUGUUGGUGGCCGAUGAUGACUUGGAUCGCGAAGUUGUUCGUCACCGCAUGCACGAACUGUGGCAGCUGAAACAAUCCCGUCCUCAGCUUUUCAAGGGCUCAUCAUUCACUAUUGAAGCCAAGCUCCGCAAGACUUCUGCCUCGAAUUCAAGAUUGGAAAAGUACAAGGGUCCGGACACGGAAACAGUGGAAUAUGUCCGUACGAUGAAGUCCGAAUGGAGCCGGAAUCCACAAUCAUUUUGGCUCCCUCCGACGACUGCAUACUCCUCCUUGACCAGCUUGUCGCCCGAGGCGCAGAUGGUAGCGCUCUACUUGCAAGCAACGCCCGUCUUCGAUCAUCACGGCGCUUCUCAAAGAGAGCAUUCAAGCGUGCUCGGUUACCACAUCUAUCUGCCGCCAUCAGUCUCAGGCGACCAUGAUCCGGUGAAGGUCUUCAACGAAAUGUUGACCAAAGGCAGUCGAUACAACAAUCUUGGAAAACACCUCGGUCGUGGUGUAGUAUUUGUGCUAGGGAACGAAGUUGUGGAGAGUUUCUGGACAAAGGAUCUUCCCAAGAGCGAGAGCAGCCCAGACUUCAAGGCAUUUCUUCAAAACGCAAUAGCUGGAAAUUUGGCGCCGCUGGCACGCGAGUAUACUGGUCUCUGCAAAAAUCUGAUCGAUUGGUAUCGCCAGCAUCUCACAGGCUCUUCGGCAAUUCACGAUGAGCCAACGUCUGCAAGGACUGUCGGUCCCGUGAUUUGUGAGCCAGUGCAAAGUGAAGAUGACCAACUUCAAGAGCUAUUUGAUUUCGAGGAAUACAUGCAGGUUCAGGGCGACUUUUAG